GUUAGCCGAUGACGAAUUGAUCAAUGAUGUCGAGUGCGAAGAUACAGAUGAAGGAACAUGGGAUCCCAACUGGAAUGAUGAGGAUGAAGAUGAAGAUGAAGAGGCAGCUUUGUGCAAACAGUUUUCACUGGAUUAUAUGGCCAGGGCAGUCGAAUUCUAUGAUGAAAUUAAUGCACAAACUGGAAAAUGA